AUGACGACCGUGAGAUCAGUGCUGAGCAAGAAAGAAGCUUUCAACCUUCCAGCAAAUGGUCACCCUGGAAGCGAGAAACCACAAGAAGAUGUUGUGGUGAACACAUGGUGUCCAGUACCCGAGCUCCCUUCCACCCCUCAGGACGGCUUGAUCGGCUCGCCAGAACUAGAAAGCAAUAAAGACUUGUUGAGACUGCAGGUUGAACGUCUCAGCGCAGUUGUUGAUAUUCCGACAGUCUCGUAUGAUGAUAACUAUGAUGUCGACAAGGAUCCCAGAUGGCAUGCUUUUGUUACCCUGCACGAGACUCUGAAAACUCAUUUUCCACGAGUGCAUGAGAAGAUGGACCUUGAAAAGGUGAAUAGUUAUGGCCUGCUAUAUACGCUACCUGGAAGCUCUCAGGAUCUUAAGCCGCUUCUCAUCAUGGCUCAUCAAGACGUUGUACCAGUACCAGAUCCAACAAAGUGGAAUCAUCCUCCGUACGAAUCAUACUUUGACGGACAGUGGCUUUGGGGGAGAGGCUCUGUCGACUGCAAGAAUACUCUCGUUGGCAUCUACAGUGCCAUGGAACGACUUCUUGAGCAAGACUUCAACAACACUCGUACCAUCAUACUAUCAUUUGGCUUCGAUGAAGAAACUGGUGGCUUCAGGGGAGCUAAACAUCUGGCUGGUCACUUGAAGGAGAAGUACGGCGAGAACAGUAUGGAGAUGGUAGUCGAUGAAGGUGGCGGCAUACGUACUGUCGAUGGCGUGCUAUACGCAGUACCAGCAAUUGCAGAGAAGGGCUUCCUCGACAUUGUUCUUACCUUGAACACACCAGGAGGUCACAGCUCUGGUCCACCGAAGCAUACAAAUAUCGGUAUCAUGUCACGCCUUGUCGCAACAGUGGAAGACCAUCCUUUCUCACCACAUGUUGACGAACACAAUCCAUUCUGGGGCUAUCUGAAAUGUGAAGUAGAGAACUCGCCCAAGAAAGCAGAGCCAUGGCUACGAGAGGCCUUGGAAAAGAAAGAAGAUUUUGCAGACAGACUCAUCGAGUCAAGAGGAGACGUUGUCCGCUGGUCUAUGCAAACCUCACAGUCUGUCGAUAUCAUCAACGGCGGCAUCAAAGACAAUCAACUCCCAGAAACCACCGAAGUAAUCAUAAACUAUCGCGUCCUUCCAACCGACAAGAUAACCGACGUUCUCAAGGCCGUCGCCAAUGUCCUCGCUCCACUCGCAAACAACUACAGCAUAGCAGUCCAAGGGUCUGGCUACUCACAAAUCGACCGUGGCUACGGUGUCUUAAACAUCUCCUCUCUCAACAUCCUCGAGCCUUCUCCGCUGUCGCCAACAAGUCCCGACAACGGCAUCUGGAAUAUCUUCGCAGGUUCGAUCCGUCAAGUGUUUGAGACGUCCGCCGGAAAGGUCGUUCCUGUAGGCUCGUUAGCGACGGGAAACACAGAUACAGCGCAUUAUUGGGCGUUGACGAAGAACAUCUAUCGAUUUUCGCCGGUAUUGGAGGGGCAGGCUAAGGGUGUGCAUACUGUGGAUGAGAAGAUUGACAUGCAGGCGCAUUUGGAUGGAGUAAGAUUUUACUACGAAUUGAUUCGGAAUGUGGAUGGUUAUCGAGGAAGUUAG